AGAGAUGGGCGGGGACAUGACUUUGCCACCCUGGGAAAAAUGAAUCUGGCAUCGGCUGAGCGCGGUGCUUCUUCAUGGCCCGGAGACCAGUUCAGAGCCAAGCCGACAGAAAGCUGACACGAUGGGGCUUCUCUCUGUGAGUCUCGGGCCCUUUCGGAACCGGGUCCGGUCGGUCCGGACGUGGAGCCGAGAUUUGUCCACUGUUUCAGCUACUUUUCGCCACAGCGGCGCACUGGCGUCGAAGACAUCACUGAUCCAGAGGAGAUGUGGAGGAUUAUAUCAACACAGUUUCCAACUCACUCGGUUACAUAGCUCAAACAAACCACCAAGAGGUUUUGAAAAGUUUUUCCCAAAGAGUGAAGAAAGCACUGGCACCAACAAAUCAGCUGAAGAUGAAAAUACCAACGAGCAAGAAUCUCAAAUCCCAAAUGACGAUGGGGACGAAGGACGAAGAGGAGGAAAAAAGGGCGAAUCACACUGGUGGACACGCUUUCAGGAUGAAUUUCCCUGGGAUGAAAAAGUAGUUCGGAACUUUGCAAUUGGUGCGGCAGGCAUGACCUCAGCUUUUUUAUACUUUUAUUUCCGAGAGACAGGGGUGCAGAUCUCCUGGAAGGACUUUGUGCAUCACUACUUGAGCAGAGGCUUGGUAGAUCACCUGGAGGUGGUCAAUAAACAGUAUGUCAAAGUGAUUCCUGCCCAUGGAGUGAACACAUCAGAAGUGAACUAUUUGUGGUUCAACAUUGGCAGUGUUGACUCAUUUGAGCAUAAUCUGGAGAUGGCCCAGCAGGAAAUGGAUCAGGAGUCCAGAAAGAAAGUACCUGUAUUCUACAGCAGUGAAAGCGAUGGAACAUUUCUUUACAGCAUUCUCCCAACCUUAAUGCUGGUUGGCUUUUUAAUGUUUGCCACACGUCAGGGACCAAUGGCUGGAGGUCGUGGAGGUAGGGGGCGAGGAAACCCCUUUAGCAUGAGUGAAUCCAAAGCCAAGAUAAUAAAAGACAGCAUCAGCGUGCGAUUCAAGGACGUUGCAGGCUGUGAGGAGGCCAAACUGGAGAUUUUGGAGUUUGUCAACUUCUUGAAGAACCCACGGCAGUACCAGGACCUAGGAGCCAAGAUCCCAAAGGGUGCAGUCUUAUCGGGUCCACCUGGUACUGGAAAGACGUUGCUAGCUAAAGCCACUGCUGGAGAGGCCAACGUCCCCUUCAUCACCGUCAAUGGCUCAGAAUUCCAAGAAAUGUUUGUUGGCGUGGGCCCAGCAAGGAUAAGAGAUAUGUUUGCCACAGCUCGAAAAAAUGCCCCCUGCAUCCUUUUCAUCGACGAGAUCGAUGCAGUGGGCAGGAAGAGAGGCAGAGGGAACUUUGGCAACGAGAGCGAGCAGGAAAACACCCUCAACCAGUUGCUUGUGGAAAUGGAUGGGUUCAACAGUAGUACUAACGUGGUUGUUUUAGCUGGCACCAAUCGAGCUGAUAUCCUGGAUCCAGCUUUGAUGAGGCCUGGUCGUUUUGAUCGACAUAUAUACAUAGGCCCACCAGAUAUUAAAGGCAGGGCAUCCAUCUUUAAGGUGCAUUUAAGACCUCUGAAGCUGGACUCCAGUAUAGAAGUAGAGGCCUUAGCCAGAAAGCUAGCUGCACUAACCCCAGGUUUUACUGGGGCUGAUAUUGCUAAUGUGUGUAAUGAGGCUGCUCUAAUAGCUGCACGCCACCUCAACCAACAUGUCAGCACCAAUCACUUUGAGCAGGCAGUGGAGAGAGUUAUUGGAGGUCUGGAGAAAAAGACUCAGGUACUGCAGCUUCCUGAGAAGACCACUGUGGCGUAUCAUGAGGCCGGACACGCUGUGGCUGGCUGGUUCCUAGAACAUGCAGACCCCCUACUUAAGGUGUCCAUUGUUCCCAGAGGUAAAGGUUUGGGAUAUGCGCAGUAUCUGCCUAAGGAACAGUACCUGUUUACCCGUGAGCAGCUGUUCGACAGAAUGUGCAUGAUGUUGGGGGGUCGAGUGGCUGAGCAGAUUUUCUUUCGCCGAAUCACCACUGGGGCCCAGGAUGACCUCAGGAAAGUCACACAGUCUGCCUACGCACAGGUUGUACAGUUUGGAAUGAACGAGGCGGUGGGUCAGGUGUCCUUUGACCUCCCUGGGCAGGGUGACAUAGUAACUGAGAAACCCUACAGUGAAACUACAGCCCAGCUUAUAGACCAGGAGGUGCGCUUGCUUAUAGAUGCUGCCUUCCAGCGAACACUUGAGCUUGUCAACGAUAAGAAAGAAUUGGUGGAGAAGGUGGCAAAACGUCUUCUAGAAAAGGAGAUUCUAGACAAAGCUGACAUGGUGGAGCUGCUGGGAACUCGUCCCUUUCAUGAGAAGUCAUCCUAUGAUGAUUUUGUUGACGGGCUGGGGGAAUUUGAGGAGGAUACCUCUCUGCCCGAAGGGCUAAAAGACUGGAACAAGAACAAAGGGGAUGAAAAACACCCACAGAAUAGGCAAAAGAAACCGGCCCUUUAUCUGUAGGUGGACAUGCAGCCCCAAGGUAAAUGUUCCACUGGAUUCAGGCAAAGAUUUCUCAAGUGCAGCACCACCUGGACCAGACCUGCAGCGUGCCAGCACUCUCAUAAACAGCUACAGAAAGGAGGAAUGGUGAUUAGUUGCACAGGUCUUAAAUGGCCGUGGUUAUGUAAUUUGCAAUUUGUUAUUGUAGUUUUUAUACUCCAACAGAAAUUCCAAAAAAUACUCGUGAUUUUAAUGUUAGGGCUGUUUAAAGUCAAGGCUUCUGUGAAGAGGGCAGUGUGUGACUUACAUUUCACUGGAGAUGCCUUUUACACUUCCACCCACACUCUGAUGGAGUCCUACAUAAUAAUCUAUUGUCUCGGUCAGGAAAGUAACUGAGCUCAAGUUACAAAUGAAAAAAAUUAAAAUUGAUGACCUGACAUUAAUUAGGUGUGUACUGGCCAGUUACACACUGUUCUAGUACUGUCAUGGUAUCAUAUGAAUUAAAUUGUAUUCUGAGGCUCAUUGCCCUCAUACUGCCUUGUUCAAUUACAGCAUAAAGAUGCUGAUUUUUAGUCUGUGGUGGAGAUUUCCAUAAAAGAAUGCUUCCAGUCUCAGCAACCAGCACUUUAUUAUGUUGAUAGCUAAAUAUUUAAAAUGUGUUUUCCCUGAGUAGGAAACCAAGAUUCUUCUCUUGUUUCUCAGAAUUCAAAGGUACUUUCACUGUACUUUUUUUUUUUAAUUGUUCUUCAGACAAUUCUACAGAGAUGUAGUGUGUCAGCUUAAAUAUACUACUCACAAAAAGUUAGGGAUAUUCGGCUUUUGGAUGAAAUUUCAGAAUGUACAUAAAAUGCACUAUAACCUUUCCAGGUGAUCUUAAUUUGACCUUCUACUUAAAUGCCCUACUUUCAUGAUAAAAUAUCACUGUAGCAUCAACUUUUUACAUUUUCUAUAAAUUUCACCCGAAAGUGGAAUAUCCCUAACUUUUUGUGAGUAGUGUAUAUUGAUACUUUAUCACCCCACCUGUCUUCCAGCAGACUUCAACCUUCCUUGACCUAAUUCUCAUUAAUAUAUCAGUAAAGGCAUCUGUUAGAAAACAGUGUUUGUACAUUUUCUUACCAAUAAUUCAAAUGUUACUGGAUCACACGUACUGUAGGUUGUGUUCUCCUCCUCAGUGUCCCAUUGUAAUACGAGUAGGCAUUGAUGUAGACAUCUAUUACUCUAGGUGGAUGGUUACUUAUGAACAACUGAGCUGAGUAAGAAUCAAAUAUAAGCUAACAAAUACCACACACUGCUGAAAUGUUUGCUCUCAAACUAAUUUGUAAGCCUUCACGCACACUACCUCAAAGUGUCUGUAUGUAUUAGCUGCCUUUUAAAAUGACAUCCUCUGAACAAUUAAUAGGUCACAAUACCAACACGGUCUGGUUGUUUGUUGUUGAUCAUAUGAAAUGACUUGGUGCUUUACUGUAGUUGAUGAUAACACAAAUGAGUGAGGGUUCAGCAUAUCAGCGUAACGUUCCUCCAACAUUUAUUAACAACAAAUUGUUAUUUUUGAAUGUUUUCCCUAACUGUGAGCUAAGCUAGAUAAAUAUUCAUGUAGCAUUCUCAUUUCAUGUAUUUGAGAACGAACCUCUCCUAGAAGGGCUGGUUAGUUCAAUUCAAUUCAAUUUUAUUUGUAUAGCGCCAAUUCAUAACAGAAGUUACUCAGGACACUUUUCAAAUAGAGCAGGUCUAGACCGAACUCUUUAUAACAUUAUUUACAGAGACCCAACAGUACCACCAUGAGCAAGCACUUGGUGACAAGGGCAAGGAAAAACUGCCUGUUAAAAGGCAGAAACCUAGGACAGAUCCUUCGGCUGUAGGUGGGUGGUCGUCUGUCUCGACCAGUUGGGGAGAGAGAGAGACAGACAGAGACAGACAGCAACAACAGUAUUGGCAAUGGCAGUCUAGCAGGACCAUGGGAGGAGGCUCCACCAGGAUCAAUAAGAACCUGCGAGACGAGAAAGCACAAGAACUCUGGGGAAGAAGUGAAGUUAGUAACAUGCAUUAAUGGGACAUGAAUGAGUGCAGAGAGAGAGAGAGAGAGAGAGAGAGGAGCUCAGUGCACCAUGGGAAAUCCCCUGAUAGUCUAGGCCUAUAGCAGCAUAACUAAGGGAUGGUUCAGGAGAGGAGCUUGGUAACUGAAGGCUCUGGCUCCUGUUCUACUUUUAGAGACUAUAGGAACCACAAGUAGCUCAGCAUUCAGAGAACGUAAGGUUCUAGUGGGGUAAUAGGGUACUAUGAGCUCUUUAAGAUAUGAAGGGGCCUGACCAUGAAGAGCUUUAUAGGUGAGGAGGAGGAUUUUAAAUUCAAUUCUACAUUUUACAGGGAGGCAUGGAUUAGUUUUUCUGCAUCUGUCUGUGAUAGGAUGUGUCUAAUUUUUGUAAUAUUACGUAAAUGAAAGAAGGCAGUCCUAGAGGUCUGCUUUAUGUGGGAGUUAACUGAGAGUACAGAGACAAGUCCAUUGUCUGAAGAAAUCAAAAGGUCAUUAUUAACUUUAACCAGAGCUGUCUCUGUGAACUUAAAUCCUGACUGAAAAUCCUCAAAUAAACUAUUGUUAUGUAAAAAGUCACACAACUCUUUGGCGACUACUUUCUCCAGACUCUUAGAGAGGAAGGGGAGGUUAGAAAUCGGUCUAUAAUUGGCUAAAACCCCUGGGUCAAGAGUGGGCUUUUUAAGAAGGGGUUUAAUUACAGCUACUUUAAAGGACUGUGGUACAUAUCCUGAUAAUAAAGAAAGAUUAAUCAUAUCCAGGAAAGAAGUGCCAAUUAAGGGUACGACUUUAAGCAGCCUAGUUGGGAUCGGGUCCAACAGACAGGUAACACACUGUCACCAUAAAUAAAUAGUGUCUUAAUGGUUAAUCCAGUAGCACCUGACAUGAGUGACCAGGUUUGAUAUAAAAAUGUACUUGAACUAUAAUGCCUUGCAGUGUGAGCAGUGUGGCCCAUUUUUAGAUUUGAAUCAGGUUUUCCAUUGGAUGGCAAAAGAACCUGACCAGUAUGACACUGGAACAUUUUUGUCCAGUUUUGAAAUCCAGAUUUUCAAAAAAGGUUGUAUAUAAAGAUAUUGUGUGUUUUGUGCCUGUUUGAAAAUGCACUGUUCUUGUUUUUGUUUGAUGAUGAUUUCUUAAUACUUGUCAGUGAGGAUUAUUGAUUUUACAUUGAGAUGUCAAGACCAAUGAGACAUCUAAAGUGUGAGGCAAUUUUGGUAUUAUUAAACCUUUAUUUAUACCCCA